AUGGGCUCAAUCAAUACUACGGGCAUACGUAUCGCGUCAGCGUCCGGCUCCGUCACUGACCGGCGCGAUGGAUUUGCUGAUCUCGCGAAGAAUGAAUCAAUUCAGUUCAUCGUUGGCGACUGGAUGUCUGAGUAUAACAUGACUACAAGAGGAGGUGCCAAGAUUGACAGCAAAGGAUCUUCUGACGAGUUCGAGAUCUCGUUCCUCGAAGCUCUGGACCCAGCUUUACCACACCUACAGGCCAAUAAAAUCAAAGUGGCAGUUAAUGCUGGCGCCAGUGACACAGAGAAGUUGUACAAAGUCGUGGUGGAUAAGAUCAAGGCUGCUGGCUUGGACCUUCAAGUAGCGUGGGUUGGCGGGGACGAAGUUUUCGACAUGGUCACCAGCAGUGUGAAGGAGGGAGAGGAAUUCAAGAGUAUCACCACUGGCCGGAAACUUGCCGAAUGGGAAUUCGAGCCCAUCUAUGCCCAGUGUUACCUCGGUUGUUGGGGGAUUGUUGAGGCUUUUAAGCACGGCGCCGAUAUCGUCCUGUGCGGUCGUGUAGCAGAUGCCUCGCCCACGAUGGCUUGCGCCGCGUAUACAUAUGGCUGGAAACGAGAGGACUAUCAACAGCUUGCCCAUGCAUUCGUUGCAGGUCAUUUUAUCGAGUGCUCGACUUAUGUCACUGGAGGAAAUUUCUCGGGAUUUAAAAGCCUCCCAGGUCUUUCACUGAAUCUUGGAUUUCCCAUCGCGGAGAUCUCGGAGAACGGCACAUUCUACAUCACGAAACAGAAGAACCACGACGGCAUGGUGACACCCGAAACUUGCAAAGCUCAGCUUCUAUAUGAAAUACAAGGCCCGUUGUAUUACAAUUCCGAUGUAGUAGCCCAACUAGAUCAGAUCACAAUCCAGCAAGUCAGCGAGAACCGUGUACAGGCCAGUCCAAAGCCGUAUUUCGAGUACUUUGUUUCAAUUCUACCGCAGAAGAAUCUUCAACAUAUCUGCUAUCUGCCUGCGAAAGGUAUACAGGUGGCAAUUGACGCGCCAACUGAUACCGAAGACUUUCUCUACGAGCAAGACACAUACGAAACAACAAACCCGCUCGAUUUAGUCACCCUACAUCCAACUACAAAGGCUCCGCUGGGUUACAUCGUUCACGCCAGAUCUGGUGACAAAGGCUCAGAUGCUAACGUUGGGUUCUUUGUGCGAUAUGCCGAUGAAUGGGAUUGGCUGCGGAGCUUCCUGACUAUUGAGAAGGUAAGAGAGCUGUUAGGCGAAGAUGACACAGGAAAGCCCAUUUUCCGCUUUGAACUUCCAAACAUCGCAGGUAUGCAGAAGUAA